AUGCCGAAUACACUCCUGACAAUCCCUCCUUUGUACACUGUCGUCGGCAUAUACCGUCUAUUACUAGAUCCCAAGAUUCGUGGUCCAGUUUGGGACAAGUGUCGCAAUGGGACCUUGCGCGGGCUGGCAGUCGCCUCUGUCUAUGGCACCCUCACAUACGGCCCUCAACGUUGGUUCAUAGCAAUGUUUCUCUCAAAAUCUCCUCGACUUCAAUCCCUCUUCACCAUUCCCUACAUUACGUCAAUGUUUACAGUGCAGACGUGGGCGACCAUGAUCUUCCUCACAUCCCAAAUGUCCGGCAUCGUCCGUUUCUUCCUCUCCAAGAAUCUACGUAUAGCAAAGGACCGUGCAUGGGACUUGACCAUUGCGUCCCGCGGCAAACCAAAAGAUUUCUGGGGUCCCUAUGCAGAGGAAUGGCAAAUUCCUCCUACCAUUCGUGGUGGUCAAGGUGGAGGUGUAGGCGUGCUCGAACGAUGGAUGGGCAAAUGGUGGGCGCGACUUGUCAUCAACCGUUUCAUCCUCUUUCCUCUACAACUCUACCCUUUUGUCGGCAUGGCCAUCUCUGCGUGGAUGCGAGCAUAUGGGACAAGUCGCUAUCUCCACAGCAAGUACUUUAAAGCCAAGUCAAUGUCACCAGAGCAAGUGGCGACGUAUAUGGAAGAGAGAAAGUGGGACUAUAGACUCUUUGGCUUUGCAUCCGCUCUUUUAGAAUCUCUUCCCCUUGUCGGCCUCUUUUUUGCCAUCUCAAAUCAAAUCGGCGCGGCCAUGUGGGCACAUGAUUUGGAAAAGAGGCAGAAUCUGUUCCGCACUGGGGCCUUGAAACCCCUCCCUCCUCACAUUGUCAAAAUGGACGACGGCACUGUUCUCAAGCUACGACCAGUAGCGGGAUGA